AUGCGUGUGCCGUGGGGCGCGGGGCGGUGGUGUCGGGCUCCGGCGCUGCUGCUCCUGCUGCUCCUCUGCCCCUCCAGCCUGGCGUGCGGGCCCGGGAGGGGCUUCGGGAAGCGGCGGCACCCCAAGAAGCUCACGCCCUUGGCCUACAAGCAGUUCAUCCCCAACGUGGCCGAGAAGACGCUGGGCGCCUCCGGGCGCUACGAGGGCAAGAUCAGCCGCAGCUCGGAGCGCUUCAAGGAGCUCACCCCCAACUACAACCCGGACAUCAUCUUCAAGGAUGAGGAGAACACCGGCGCGGACCGGCUCAUGACCCAGCGGUGCAAGGACAAGCUAAAUGCCUUGGCCAUCUCAGUGAUGAACCAGUGGCCCGGGGUGAAGCUGCGUGUGACCGAGGGCUGGGACGAGGACGGGCACCACUCCGAGGAGUCCCUCCACUAUGAGGGCCGUGCCGUGGACAUCACCACCUCAGAUCGGGACCGCAGCAAGUACGGCAUGUUGGCCCGCCUUGCUGUGGAGGCUGGCUUCGACUGGGUCUACUACGAGUCCAAGGCCCACAUCCACUGCUCUGUCAAGGCCGAGAAUUCAGUGGCCGCUAAGUCAGGCGGCUGCUUCCCGGGCACUGCUUGGGUGAACUUGGAGCAAGGAGGCACCAAGCUGGUCAGAGACCUCCAUCCCGGCGACCGGGUGCUGGCGGCGGACCUGCAGGGCCGGCUGCUCUACAGCGACUUCCUAACCUUCUUGGACCAGGAGGAACCUCCCGUCCGCAAGCUCUUCUAUGUGAUUGAGACCCGGAGCCCCCGGACGCGCCUGUUGCUGACGGCCGCUCACCUGCUCUUUGUGGCCUCGACACAGAACAACCAUUCCCAACCCCAGCCCAUUUUUGCCAGCCGGGUGCAGCCGGGACAACGCAUCUAUGUGCUGGGCCACGGGGGGAGGACACUUUUGCCGGCCGCCGUGCACCGAGUGUCCCUGAAGGAAGAGGCCUCAGGGGCGUACGCCCCGCUCACUGCUCAGGGCACCAUCCUCAUCAACCAGGUGCUGGCUUCCUGUUAUGCCGUCAUUGAAGAGCAUAGCUGGGCCCACUGGGCGUUUGCCCCUUUCCGGGUGGCGCAUGCCCUCCUGGCCAUGCUGUACCCCGCCGGCCUCUCGUCCCCCGCCCUCUUUCCGGCUGCAGCACCGGCGGAUGCUCCGGGCGGCGUCCAUUGGUAUUCACAUCUCCUCUACCAUCUUGGUCUUUGGCUGUUGGAUUCUGAGACGAUGCAUCCCUUGGGCAUGGCCAGCUGAGGGAGGUGGCACGAUAAACUCCGCUUUGACCCAUCGUAAGAAUAAAAUAAAUCCAACCGGGGAGGGGAGGGGACUAAGAUGAAGAAAGAAAAGGACAAGACUUUGAAGCGAUAAUACUAGUAGGACAGUCCAAAGUAGACUUUUAAGGUACAGGAAGACCUGAGGAAGUUUUAUGUUGCCGUCGCCGCCGUUUUAGUUUAUAAAAUAUAAAUAUAUAUAUAUUUUUAUUUGAUUUCUAUUUUUUAUUUUUAUUUUUUCAGUCUGUUCGUUUCAUUGUUUUUUGUCGUCCUCAUCUCCUGGAUAUUUAUUUCUUCGGUGUUUUGAAAUGUUUUAAAGAAUAUGAACCCAACCUUCAAGAGCCUUAAAUUGUUUCUUUGAUAAUUUAUUAUCAUGUGAACUGUACACUCACAGGGAGAAGAAAAAUUAUUUUGCGAGGCCAAGCAAAACUGCACAGAGUUCUAUUUUUCUAUGUGUCAUGUUGUGUGUCCUGACUUUCCAAAAGUAACCCUCCUGUCGUUCUUCCCAUCAAUCACAUUGCUUUGCCUUCGUUCUCCCAACAGCGAGUCUUGGAACAAACAGAAGACCUAUUCCGUGUGGAAGAGGGAGGGGGGAUCCAUAAAUUAUAUUUUUAUACACAGAAUUGUAAAUUCAAUUUUUUUGUGAGAGAGAAAGAGAGAGAUAGAUCAAUACUUAACAGACACAUUUCAUUUUUUUAAAUAGUGUAAAUUACAAGAAUAUAUUAUUUUAAUUUAAAUAGUAUCAAAUGUAGUGUCAUCUCCUGUAUUGUUUCUGUUGUCUCUGAAACACUUUUGCUUUGUGUGAGAAUAACUCCCGGCCCUUUUGUCCGUCCCUUGGGAACUCCAGGCUGUUACACCACCUCAUCUCAUCCAUUUGCGAAACUGUCGGGAGAAGAUGCUCUCUUAUUUUUACCUUCGAAACCAAGAGGAAGAAAUUUAUGAGAAAAUAUUUUUUAAAAAGCGCACAUGUUGGCUAUUAUGUGACAAUGGAGACUAGUUUGUACAGAGCAGUGAGGGGGGAAAGGAUGUUUUGGAUUAAUAAACUGAUAAAUAACCGCUGUCAAUUUACUAAAAUGUAUUUUUGAAUAUUUUGUAAUAGUUUUAAUAGUUUUAUAGAAAUAAAAUGUGCCAUGCACACUCUGGUUAGUAUAUAAUAACAAAGAA